AUGGAGAGUUCUCAAAGAAUUAAUGAGUUAGAAGAAUUGAUUCCCAGCCUUCCUAAAGCAAAGGGGUGGUUAGGUCUUGGUCUUUCCCUAUACCAAGGCUUUUAUUGUCCAUCAAAAAUUGUCCCAAACAUAAUAUCUUUUCAAAACCACUUCCAAGCUCAUGACCAAGACAUCGUUCUUGCUUCUAAACCAAAAUCAGGAACCACCUGGGUUAAAGCACUUGUGUUCUCAAUCCUUAAUCGAAAGCGUUGUGAGCUUUCAAACUGUGCCUUGCUCAAUUCAAACCCACAUGAACUUGUACCAUUCAUGGAGUUUUCUUUGUAUGCAAAUAACCAGCUUCCUGAUUUUAGUACCAUGUCUUAUCCAAGGCUGUUUUCCACCCACAUUCCUUUUGGAUCAUUGCCAGAAUCCGUCAAGCAAACUCAUUGUCGAAUCGUCUAUAUUUGUCGAAACCCUCUUGACAUCAUUGUCUCACAUUGGCAUUUUGCAAACCAGGCUUGUUUGGAGCAUAACACACAUUGGACUGUGGAGGAGUUUGCAGAGGCAUAUUGUAAAGGAGAAGAGGCAUUUGGGCCCUUUUGGGACCAUAUGUAA